AUGGAUCCCUUCUCGUCGGCGGCGAUUGCCCGUCAAACUUGGGAACUGGAAAACAAUAUAGUCACCACCGCUGCCGCCGCCGACAACUCCGCCGCGUCGGACGCCAUAUUCUACUACGACGAGGCGAUGCAGGCUGCUUACCAGCAAGAAAAGCCGUGGGCCAAUGAUCCACACUAUUUCAAACGGGUGAAGGUCUCUGCACUUGCCCUCCUCAAGAUGGUCGUCCAUGCCCGCUCCGGCGGAAACAUUGAGGUCGUGGGACUCAUGCAAGGAAAGACCGAUGGCGAUACUAUAGUUGUUAUGGACGCUUUUGCCCUACCCGUUGAGGGGACUGAAACUAGGGUGAAUGCCCAAGCUGAUGCCUAUGAGUACAUGGUCGAUUAUUGCCAGACUAACAAACAGGUUGGUGGGUUUUUAAAUUCAUGUGUUAAAUGA